AUGACGAUCACGACAAAACGGCGCUUCCUCCCCCGCGAGGGCCUAUACAUUGAUCCGAUUAUAGCAGGCCUCCGAAAAACACUUCUCCACCCGAUUUUCACGUUGACAGCCCUACAGCUGGUAUAUAGCGGAAAACUCGGCGUCAUCGCGCCGUACAAGAAGCUACUCCUGUUCACUGCAGCGCUCAGUCUCCUCUUAUGGCUCAACGAUUGGUUAAGUACUAAAAGCCGGAACAAUUGGGUUAUCGAUGACACAUGGGACUUGGAAACGGAGCUAGUGGUAGUGACUGGAGGCAGCGGCGGUAUUGGUGCUGGGGUUGCUCAACGUCUGGCUGCUAUGGGGGCACGCGUUGUUGUGUUAGAUAUCAUCCCAUUGACCUUUAAGCCCGAAAACAAACGCACCGUGUACCACCGGUGCGACCUCAGCGACAAGACAGAAAUCUCCGCGGUUUGUGAAAAGAUCAGAUCCGAAAUUGGCCAUCCAACGGUCCUAGUCAACAAUGCCGGCCUAUCGCGCGGCCGAACCGUAGUCGAAGGCACAUACAGUGACAAUAAUCUAACCCUGAGUACCAACCUGCUGGCACCAUUCCUGCUCUCCCGAGAGUUUCUUCCAGCCAUGGUCCAGCUAAAUCACGGACAUAUUUUCAACGUUGCCUCCAUGAGUGCUUACAUCCCGCCGCCGGGACUAGCUGAUUACGCGGCGUCGAAAGCUGGAUUGAUUGCAUUCCACGAGUGUCUUGCUCAAGAGCUCCGAGACCAGAAUGCGCCGAAAGUCCGCACCUCUCUGGCAGUGCUGAGCUUCACAAAAACACCACUGUUCAAAGGAGAGACGAACCAGUCUCGGUUCUUGAUGCCUCUGUUGCAUGUUGACACCGUUGUGGAUGCGAUUGUGGAUACACUCAACAGUGGGCUGAGUCGGACUAUCUUCCUACCCGGAAUAUUCGGUUACUUUGCAGGCUUGCGAGGUGCCCCGGAUUGGUUUCAGGAUUUGGUCCGAAAGGGCACCAAGUCGCUGAAGGUGGAUUUCAAGGGCCGACAGCAGGUUGAUCCAAAGACAGGAAGGCUUAUUUAG